AUGAAGUUCGGACGCAAUUUACCCCGCAAUCAGAUACCGGAGUGGUCAGCGUCAUACAUCAACUACAAAGGUUUGAAGAAGCUUAUCAAGGCGGCCUCUGAAACCGCCAAAACAGGCAAAGAUGUCGACUUAGCCGAAUUCUUCUUCUCCCUCGACCGCAACCUCGAUACCGUCGAUGGAUUUUACAACAAGAAAUUCGCCGAUGCUUCGAGACGAUUGAAAUUACUCCAGGAAAGAUAUGCUUUUCCAGAGCAAGGCCUGGAGACAUUGGACCGCAAUGAGGUUGACGAACUCAUGGGUGCUCUGUUGGAACUGCGGGGUCAACUAAGAAAUCUCCAAAGCUUUGGAGAGUUGAACAGAAGGGGUUUUGUGAAAAUCACCAAGAAGCUUGACAAGAAGGUGCCCUCAGUGUGCACUCAACAACGAUACCUCUCUUCCAAAGUCGACCCGAAGCCUUUCGCCACCAACGCUGCUCUUUUAAAAGCCUUGAAGACUGCAAAUGAGUGGAUGGAAACUGUAGGCGAGACGAAAGUGCGCGAUGAAAACUUAUCUGUCCGUUCAGCACAUACCCUCAAGCGAGUAUCCUCGAGGUCUAUUGUCAACCUACCCAAUGGUCUUCUGGAUAAGGUUGAUGGAGCAAUCAGAAGUGAUGAUGUUCCAACUUUGAAAGAGACCCUCGCCCAGGCCAACUUGGAUUCCGACGAUGCAGGAAUGCAGAAAGUAUUGGUCAACCUAUUGCAGAGUGCUAUUGCCUGUAAGUCGAAGAAGUGCAUUCGUUUCUUUUUGAAAGACAUCAAGUCUUUGGAAGAAGCAGAUGAUAUCAAUCGCCGAAAUUGUCUACAUCGCUUGGUUGUGUCUAUUGGACGUGCCAAGUCCGGCCCCAAGGAGAACUUUUCAAUCAUACCCGAGCCGGAUCACAUGAAGUUUUUAACUCCAGCAGUCACCCCUCCUCUUGGCCCAGCUAUGAGUAAACUCAAGGAGUCCAGCUUGUUAAGCAUCAAUGACGAUUCGGUCAUGCUUCUUGCAUACGUCCUCGACUCCCUCCAGCCUCAUCAACGGGCAUCGUUGGUAAGCAAGGAUACGUACGGCCGCUUUCCUUUACAUUAUGCUGCUCAAUUCGGCUUCGUUGUCAUCUGCGAAUUGGUUAUGAAGUACAUGCAAGACUGGGGCCAAUUCAAUGUUGAGCAUGGCAUUGAUGCCCCUGAAUGGCAAGAUAACGAAGGCCUUGCGCCGUUGCAUCUCAGCGUGAUUGGAGGACAUCCCCUGACUACAAAGGCUCUUUUGAAAGCCGAGAACUGGCAGGGCUCGAACGUCCGCAAGGCAGCUAUGAGGAGAGACAUUUCUAAAUCAAGCGCUGUGCUCGCCCUGGCUACGAAAUCCAAUCUCACACAAAUUGUCAAGCUUCUGGUUGACGCAGGGGUCGAUAUAAACUGGCAAGACGAGCUUGGUGAAACUGCUUUGCAUAUCGCUGCCCGUUUUGGACAUGAAGAGUGCGCAAGGAUCUUGCUUGAAGGGGGCGAUCAGAAAAUCAACAUUGAGCUUGCUGAAAAGACUUUCUCUUGGACGCCUCUUCACGUUGCCUGUGUUGAUGGUCAUCUCUCGAUAGUGGAGCUACUUAUUAUAGCGGGUGCCGACCUCAGGAAACUCGACGCCUCUGGCUGGACUGCUCAAGAGCACGCUGCCUUGAGAGGUCAUAUGGAUAUUGCAGAUAUACUCAAUGAAGCUACGGAUGUUUCGAGCAGUGAUUCAGAGGAUUCUUCAAGUACGACGGCAUCAUCUCCUCCAAAACCAACAUCGUUGGAAGCACUCCGUUCUGCCCAGAGCUCCCAGAGCAACAUCAUCCGAACUACGGAACCCGUCAAGACCUUUGGUCAUCGAUAUCUCACAAAUGAAAGCAUUGUUCUCGUCAGCUUGGGCUCAAUGGAUAUGAGAAAAGACACUCCUGCGGUGAAACUUGACCAAAUUCCAAUUGCAGAAGCUCAUUCGACCCAACUGGAUACAGCAUUGUCUGUUGUCGUUACUGCGAGCGGCGCCCAGGGCGAGCCCACAACUAUUGAUCUGCCAGUUCAGGACAAUAUCUCUACAGAGCCUAUCGUCUUUUCUACUCUAGAUGCAUCAAAGGUCAAAUUAUAUUUCGACAUCAUCCCAACGUAUACAGGGAGUGAAGACAACAAGGUCGGACGGGGCGUCGCGAUUCUAUCAAGCGUUAAACAGGCAAUCGGCUUGAAGCGUAUGAACCUUCAAGGCGAUGUCAGUGUUCCCAUCAUGGGUACCAAUCUUGAGGUUAUCGGAUGCGUCAAUUUCAAUUUCCUCGUCAUUACACCAUUCUCUCAUCCGAAUAUGGGAAUCACUGCGAAACAUACUUACUGGAAAGAGUUGUCCUCCACAAUGGUCAUAGGGCAUAGGGGCCUGGGAAAGAAUGUGUCAACGAACAGAUCUCUCCAACUUGGGGAGAAUACUUUGCAAUCUUUCAUUGCAGCCGCAAACCUGGGCGCUAACUAUGUUGAAUUCGAUGUCCAGCUUACGAAGGACCAUGUACCUGUCAUCUACCACGACUUCCUUGUCAGCGAGACGGGCAUCGAUGCACCAGUCCAUACUAUGACACUUGAGCAAUUCCUACACGUCAAUGACCCUACCCCUCGUGCAUCAAGGCCACCAUCACCACUAAAGGAAAGCCCAAACUUUCGCGUUGUUCGUGGUAUGGACCGCUCGCGAUCACUCUCUCUUGGCCACGAGGUACCCGAUUUCGAGAUGGCGGACAGAAUGAAACACACUCGGGAUUUCAAGAAAAAGGGGUACAAAGCAAAUUCUCGUGGUAAUUUCAUUCAAGCACCUUUUACGACGCUUGAAGAGAUGUUCGUCAAACUUGAUCAAAACGUCGGAUUCAACAUUGAGCUGAAGUAUCCAAUGUUACACGAGUCGGAAGAGCAAGAGAUGGAUGCUUAUGCUGUCGAGUUGAAUAGCUUCGUGGACACUAUCUUGGCUAAAGUUUAUGAUUUUAGCAAGAAGCGCAAGAUCAUCUUUAGCAGUUUCAACCCAGACAUCUGUCUGCUACUAAGCUUCAAGCAACCCAGUAUCCCGAUUCUGUUUUUGACAGACGCUGGCAUAAGCAAAGUUGGCGAUAUCCGAGCUAGUAGUCUGCAAGAAGCCAUCCGCUUUGCAAGCCGCUGGAAUCUUCUGGGCAUAGUGAGCGCUGCUGAACCACUGUGCAACAGCCCGAGAUUAGUGAGAGUUGUGAAGGAGAAUGGGUUGGUUUGUGUCAGCUACGGGGCGCUGAAUAAUGAUGCCGAGAAAGUCAACCAACAAGUUAAAGAAGGCAUCGAUGCCGUUAUCGUCGACAGUGUUCUAAAAAUACGACAGGGUCUCACCAAAAACACAAAGUCGAACCAGACGACUGAGUUGCCUGUGCAACCUAAGGUGGUGUUGAUGAGCGGCGUUAAUGGAAUUGGUGGGUCUUGA